AUUGGAGAAGGUGCGGCAGGUGUGGCAGCAGGAGCUGAGCUGACGGGAAGGAGGGGCAACCGCAGUCCUGAGUCCACAGCUUGUUCCUGCCACCUGCUGUUGCGCUGCUGCUACCUUACGCGGUGUGCAUCAGCCAAGAUUGACGUCGUCGUUUUCCACCAUCUUCUUGCCGGAUUUCCUGUUUGCGACCAUCUCAAUCCCUCCCUUUAACAACUACACAUACCCCGCGUACCCAGUGGACAUCUCGAGUCAGAAUCAUCGUCCUCACUUCCGGAAGGGGCAAUCCAAAGAGACAACCGCCGCAGAUACGUCACCAACAAUGGCUUCACUAACCUCAAAGUUCGCCAAUCUCAAUCCCUUCUCCAAGUCGGCGCCAGAAGAUGAGGAGGAGCUUGGCGAUGCGACCGACAACACCACCUUGGCUGGUGGAGGCCACGCUGCGCGCGACUCCGACGUUAAGCACCGUCUCCGCGUGAGCCGUGCCAUCAAGUCUUUCCUCGUCGAUCAGAAGGCCAUCUCCUCCAAGGAAGCAAACGUCGACUCAGAACAGCUCACCCCUGAGCUGCAGGCCCUCGUGUACAAGCCUCACAUCAGCGUACCCCGCGAGCUUACUGAUAGAUCCCACCCAUUGCCCGAGUACUUCAUCAGCUCCAGCCACAACACCUACCUCUUGGCCCACCAGCUUUAUGGAAGCUCUUCGGCAGAGGCCUAUGACGAGACGUUGCGUGCUGGCGCGCGAUGCGUUGAGAUCGAUGCCUGGGAUAACCCCGACAACAAGGACGAACCCAAGGUCACCCACGGAUACACCCUAGUCUCCAAUAUCCCUUUCCGCACCGUCUGCGAGACCAUCCGGGAUGUCGUCGACCAAGAAGCCAAGGAACCCCAUCCCGCUGCGCCAAUCCUCCUGUCUCUCGAGAACCACUGUGACCCCGAGGGUCAGCUGCGCCUGGCAUUCAUCAUGAGAGAGGUCUUUGGAGACCGCCUUCUUAGCCAAGCAAUCAGAGAAAAGGGCCACGCCGAGCAGGAGGGCCAGGCCAACCACGUCCGUCUGGAGGAACUCGGCAACAAGAUUGUUGUCAUUGUCGAAUAUCACUUUCCUGGGGAGACCGACGACAGUAGCUCGAGCUCAAGUGAGGAUGAGGAAGAGGACAAGAAGGCCAAGAGAGACUACAAGGAGAAAAAGAAGGCUGCGCCUGCUUCGCUGAUUGUCCCCGAAUUGGAGGCACUCGGUGUCUACGCACAGUCCGUCAAGCCCAUCAACAACUCGUGGUUUGAGGAGGUUCUGCAAGAUGCGCCGCAUCACCACCUCAUCAACGUCUCCGAGUCUGGGCUGGCCUCCCAUCUGCCGACGCACACUGACAAAAUCUCUCGCCACAAUGCUCACCAUCUGAUGCGUGUUUUCCCCAAGGGAACUCGCAUCUCAUCCAAGAAUCUCCAUCCCGUUCCCUUUUGGGGAAUUGGCGCCCAAAUUUGUGCCCUCAACUGGCAGACCUUUGGAGCAUCAAUGCAGCUGAAUGAGGCUUUAUUCGCUGGUUCUGAGGGUUUUAUUCUGAAGCCCGCCGAGCUCCGGCCCGGUGGCUCGGGCAACCUCGGUAACGGAAGGAAGCGAAAGCUCUGUCUGCACGUCGGCGGUGCCACCGACAUUCCCGUGCCGGCCGAUCGCGACGAAGAUGAGACAAUCAAGCCCUACCUCACGUGCACACUUGUGCAUCCUCACGAUCUCGAUAUCAAGCCUCCAAAGAGGAAAACGGCCGGCUACAAACAGCACAAGCUGACGGGCUUCUUGCACAAGGGAGAGAACCCACCUCCCACCGACCCGCUGUGGGACGAGGUCCUGGAGUGGGAAUACCAAGACAACGAAAUGGUCUUUUUGCGGAUGCUCAUCAAGAGUGAUGACAGCUUCUCCAAGAACCCAAUCUUUGCUGUUGGCGCAGUACGACUGCUCUACACGAUCCCGGGCUGGGUCUUUAUCCGCAUGCUUGAUCUCAAAGGAAGAGAAACCAAGUGCUCCAUACUUGUCAAAUUUGAAGUUGUCGACGCGUAAAAGUAGCCAUAUAAACGCUGAAUGCCUCGGGUUCUCUCGGAACUUCAUUAAUAUACCACAUUUGUAUUUACCUGCCCCAUCAUUGCAAGCACUGAUGCGCGCUGGAACCCAUCGUGGCAAGGGUCGUAUGAAUCUUUACCUAGUUGCACAGCAUCUUCACAGAAGCAGACCGCCAUGGAUCCGAUUUAGGCAAUAUAUAGACAUAGCUUCACUCAUACGCGCGCAUCAUGCGAUACGACCGGCGGCACAUGGCAAGACCUCGUCUCAAUCCCGAGCCUCACCCACCAAGAAACCGCCGCCAUCGAAAGGGGCUUUUGACCCGAGGC